AUGACCCCGUCGGGAGCUGGACCGGCAGUUACUAUGGGUGAUCAGGAUCAGGACGCCACAUGGGAUCACAGGGUACUCGCCCCAAUCGACCGUUUCCUCUCCAAAAUCCCCGGUCUGCGCGCCCUUCCGCCUUCGGUGAUGCACAUCACAAUCCUCCUAGUUCUGGUGAACAUCGUCGCCUGGGUCAUCGCCCUCCUCCUCCUCCGCUCCCAUCCUACUCUUCUGGGACCAGCUACGUUGGCCUACACCUUCGGUCUCCGACACGCUUUCGACGCGGAUCACAUCACCGCCAUCGACAACGCAACCCGCAAACUCGUAUCUCUUGGACACAAAUCCCCAACGACGGUCGGGACCUUCUUCAGUCUGGGACACUCGAGCGUGGUAGUCGUUACGUGUAUAGUCGUAUCCGCUACCUCCGCCGCAUUAGCCGAGAAAUGGGGCGACUGGCAAAACGUUGGUGGAAUCAUCGGCGUGAGUGUUUCGUGCGCCUUCCUCUUCCUCAUGGCCGCCGGUAACGCAGUCGUUCUCGUCGCCCUCAUCCGCGACCUCCGACGUCUCCGUGCUGGGAGAUCAGACAAGAAAGCCCGUAUAUUCGGUGGCGGACUCCUAACCCGGAUCUUUGGACGAUUGUUCCGCCUCAUCGAUCGCCCGUGGAAGAUGUACCCUCUCGGCAUCCUCUUCGGUCUCGGCUUCGAUACUUCGACAGAGAUAGCACUCCUCGGAAUUGCGUCGAUUCAGGCUGCAAAGGGGACGAGUUUAUGGUUGUUGCUCGUGUUUCCGAUGUUGUUUACGGCGGGGAUGUGUCUUAUCGACACCGUCGACGGCGCAAUGAUGUUCGCAGCCUAUACUUCACCACACGUCGCGGCUAACCCCAUCGCACGGACCUGGUAUUCGCUGGUAUUGACUGCGAUGUCCGUCGCUAUCGCCGUUGUGAUCGGGGUAAUCCAACUCCUCUCACUCAUCCUCAAUGUCGCGAAACCUGAGGGUCAAUUCUGGGAUGGCGUGGAGAGGGCGGGAGAAUACUACGACGUCAUCGGUGGAGCCAUCGUUGGAGGAUUUGUGCUCGUUGUGGUGGGGAGUAUUGUUGUUUGGAAGGUUUGGGGGGAGAAGAUUGAGGGGGAGGCGGGGAGGGCUCGGCGGACUAUUGAAGGGGAGGGGGCGGACGGAGGUGUGGUGGAGAUGGGAGAAGUGGAGAAUCAAUCUCAGGAUGAAGAUGAGCGCAAGCCGAAGACAAAGAAGGAGAAGGAGAUUACGAGGGAGGUUAUUGAGGCGCAGGUGUAA